CUCUUUCCCCUCGGACAGGGUCUUAAAUAACCUCCGGGAGAGUGUGGACUUGCUCUUCCAGGAAUCUGAGUCCCUAUGGAUGCUGGAGCUGGGACGGGCUGGCUGGCAGCGGAGUGGCAGGCCGGCCGCAUGGGCAGCCGGAUGGAGAUGCCGACGUUCUCCCGCUGUUUGCGCUACAGACGCACUGUGAAUGUGUUUCUGAGUGAACUUCUGCAUGUUCCUGUGAGAUUUUGUGAUCUUCCAAGUGAACAACCUGGCAGUGCCAACACUGAUACUGAAGAAAAGAACUGCUGGAGAAUUCUCAUGCAAGGUUCAGUAAUAGUAUGGAAACAUGACCACGUCUGUGAGUCUACACGGCGGAGACUCAAACAACAAGGAAACUUCUCCCACUCGAGUCGUAAAAUCAUUUUUCCUUCUUUGUAAUUGUUUUUGACAUUCUGCUAACAAGCACUGACAGAAUGACUCAUUGAUCUAGUUCAGUCUUGUCUUCUCUGUGUGAAUAUGGUUGUGUGUAUUUGUGUAUUUGUGUUAAUCCUCCACGUAGUAUUUCCAAAUAACAGUGAAGACGGAGUUAAUCUUCUAAAGGGCUUGCUCUCAUUGUCAGCCCUGGCGGUUUGUCCUGGGAAGCCUAUCAGGGCUGAAACUUCACCAGCAGAGAUAGAAGAGGUUCCAUUUGCCCUCUUGUCAAUCCAAGCCCACGGACUGUGAGCAUUAGGAGCAAAGCAGAAAGAGGAUGUACGUCGAACACAUUGAUGCCCUUCAGUUUUGUGGAUCUGUUGAAACUCGCUGCUAUGGCCGGUUUAGUUGGUGGUAUUUAUUAUCUUGGAUUUUCGGGCUCUGCACUUGCUCCUAAAGCAGCGUGUUUGUCUGUGUGCACUGAUGGCUGAAUUCCCAUGGCGGGGGGAACCCUCGCUGCUGCUGACAGGUCCAACCCCAGCCUUCCCCAGGUGUGCUCACCACGGCCCGCAGAGCACGUAAGGGCACAGCUAUCUUGAUUCUGUUUUGCAAGUGCUAUCUUUGUGUUUCCUCAUUUUUCUUGAUAAUGUCCUUGUGCCACCAUCACUAGGACCCGGCGAUUGUGCAAGGCAGACAAUUUGCCUUUAUUUGCAAAACACGGAAUUGCAAUGGAUGACGGGAGUGUGUUGUUCCCACACAAGGGACUUUCAGGAGGGCAGAGUAGCUAGUAGCUGUAACUCAAAGAGACUGUCUUUGGUCUCUGGUUCUGUAAAUGCUCUAGAAGAAAAUAAUGCUUCAGAGACUCAUUUGCAUCACGGUAGCAAAAUUCAGUAUAACAGUAUAACAAAAUUCAGUUCUUCAAUAAUCUAAAAUAAGAAUCUAAAUACAGGCUUUUCUUCAUUUCACAAUGAAGAACUUUGCCAUAUUCGUUUCACCACAAUUCCAGCAAGUUCCUGCCCAUAGCCCAUUAGAAGGAUCAACUUGCCUCACAUACCUCAGGGAAUUCAGCUGAUGAAAUCAGUUGGACUAACCAAGAAGUCAAAUGCUCAUGUUCUAAAGCUCUGCUUCCCUCUCUUUGUCGCAUGUUGUACUAUAUAAUGAAAAGAUGUCCAAGAUGUCAAUAAAGUAAUAGUAUUUUUUAUGGUGGCAUGGCAAAUAAAGUA